GGUUGUGCGCGAGGAUGGCGACCCUUCCCAUAGUUCAAUAUGAAGAAAAGAUCAUUGAAACCAUUGAGCAAAACCCCGUUGUGGUAAUCAUCGGAGAGACCGGUUCCGGCAAGAGCACUCAACUCUCUCAGAUGCUUCACCGACGCGGUUACUCCGAUUCCGGUAAAAUCGCCGUCACUCAGCCCCGUCGAGUUGCCGCUGUCACCGUCGCCAGACGAGUUGCACAUGAGCUUGGUGUUCAUCUUGGAGAGGAAGUGGGAUACGCCAUUCGAUUUGAGGAUAGGACUUCACACCACACGCGAAUUAAAUACCUUACUGAUGGGGUCCUCCUCCGCGAAAGUCUAGCUAAUCCCGAGCUAAAUGAGUAUUCUGUAAUCAUAUUGGAUGAAGCUCAUGAACGGAGUUUAAACACGGAUAUAUUGAUGGGGCUGAUGAAACGCUUGGUUAAACUUCGUUCCUCCCAUCUUAAAGUUUUGAUCACGUCGGCAACUCUUGAUGGUGAUAAAGUAUCUAAGUUCUUUACAGAUUGUCCUGUAUUGACCAUCCCAGGAAAAUUGUAUCCAGUUGAGAUUCUUUAUAGCAAGGAGCGUCCCUCAAGCUAUCUUGAAUCUUCUCUUAAAACAGCUCUUGAUAUACAUGUUCGUGAACCAGAAGGGGAUAUUUUAAUAUUCAUGACUGGACAGGAUGACAUAGAGAAGUUGGUAUCUAAGUUGGAAGAUAAAGUUCAGGCUCUCGAGGAAGGUUCCUGCAUGGAUGCUAUAGUCCUUCCCCUACAUGGUUCUUUGCCACCUGAAUUGCAGGUGCGUGUGUUUAGUCCUCCACCUCCUAAUUGCAGGCGAAUUAUCGUUGCAACAAAUAUUGCUGAAACUUCUUUGACUGUUGAUGGUGUAGUGUAUGUUAUUGAUUCUGGGUAUGUAAAGCAAAGGCAGUACAAUCCAUCUAGUGGCAUGUAUUCCCUUGAUGUUGUUCAAAUUAGCAAAGUGCAAGCUAAUCAGCGUGCAGGUCGAGCUGGACGAACACGUCCAGGGAAAUGCUACCGUCUAUAUCCUUCCCAACUUUACCAUGAUGAUUUCUUGGAUGUUACAGUUCCUGAAAUUCAGAGAUCUUCUCUAGCUGGCAGUGUUCUUUACUUAAAGUCAUUGGACCUCCCAGAUAUUGACAUUCUCAAAUUUGACUUUCUUGAUCCUCCUUCACCUGAGUCCUUACAAGAUGCGUUGAAGCAGUUAUAUCUAAUUGAUGCUAUUGAUGAAAAUGGUGCAAUUACAAGUAUUGGAAGAAAAAUGGCUGAGCUUCCAUUGGAACCAUCCCUAUCAAGAACCUUAAUGGAGGCAAACAAUUAUGGUUGCAUACCUGAGGCUUUGACUGUUGCUGCAAUGUUAUCAGCUGAAACUACAUUGCUGCCGGGACAGAGCAAGACUGAGAAGAAGAGGAAACACCCAAUAUCUAACCUUCCUGAUGGUUCUGGCUUGGGUGAUCACAUUCAAUUGCUGCAGAUAUAUGAAUGUUGGGAUCAAACUGAUUAUGACAUUAAUUGGUGCAAAGACAAGGGCUUGCAGGUGCGAGGGAUGUUGUUUGUCAGAGAUGUCCGUAAGCAGUUAUCUCAGAUAAUGCAGAAAAUAGCGAAGGGACCGCUGGAUGUAGGGGCAAAUGGGAAAGGGGAAGAGUUUCAGAUGGGUUAUCGAAACUUGAGGAAAGCUUUAUGUGCGGGCUUUGCGAAUCAGCUUGCUGAAAGAAAGAUGCAUCAUAAUGGUUAUCGAACUCUGGGUUUCCAAGCCCAAGUAGUCCAGGUGCAUCCGUCAUCUGUGCUGAGUGCUGAUGAAUUGGGGAAAUUCCCAGACUAUGUUGUGUACCAUGAGCUAAUUGCAACUCCACGCCCGUACAUGAGAAAUGUGUGUUCUGUUGAGAUGAGAUGGGUUAUACCCAUUAUGAACAAGCUCAAGACACUAGAUGUGUACAAAUUAAGUGGUGGCGUUGAUCAAGUUGAGGAGAAAACUGAGAGAAAUUUUCCAGAUUUGCCCAAGAAUGAUGUUGAGGUUGCUGGUGCUGCUGAUGACCGCGAAAGUAGAAUCCAAGCUGCUAGAGAACGAUUUCUUGCUCGUAAAGCCAAUAAAUGAGCACACAUACAACUGUGGAGAUUGCGUUAUUGGCUUGUCGAGUUGUUGGAGGGGCAGAUUAGUUGGUAAGGUUAGCUGAAAGGAUCGAGAGUCACGAUGAGCUGACUCCACUGAGUUUUCCUCGUUGACACAACUCCAACUUUGUGCUCUGAUGUUGUUUUCUCGGCUUCAUUCUAAUGCAAUUAUCUCUAGCAAAAAUAGGAAGAUUUAGCACAGAUCACCUGAGAUUGGGUCUCGUACUGUUCUGAUUAGUUGGUUGAGACUUGAGUGGCUGAAUGUAUAUAUACUUUUGCAUAAGCCCUUGGUUAUUGAAAUGUGGCCGGAGUGGAGAAAGAAGACAAUGGAAAAGGAAGGAAAAAGGAGAGAACAAUCAGCAAGUCCCCUUGACAAAGUAAAUGUUAAUUAAACAAUUGUGACUUGUAAGGGAUUUCGAAAUGCAAGUGUGGUUACAAACAUCAGUGAGGUAAUUAACUUUGAGUGACUCUUUUGCCUAAAAGUUAAUUAAAUCUAUGUUUGAUAUUGAGGCUGUUUAGAUUGAGAUAAUUACCUAGCCGAGAUUGUAUUUAAAGUUAAACUCAUUAAACAUGACCAUAGUUGUGGAUGAAACAAGAUCAAAUCUUUCUCCAGUAUGAUGUUGGUUCUCAAUCUGAUGAUCAAUUCAAGAUUUCUGGGACUAAGCUGA